AAACUAUAAUGGCGCGUUAGAUCAAUUUUUUGUAAGUUGGCAAAAUUACGAACCAAAAAUUGCAAUUGAAUCACUAACCAUCGCAUAAUUAAAUUUUGCAUUAAAGAAAUGGUUAGUGAUAAAAUGAUCUGUCAAAAUGUUGUGCUUACAAAUCUCCAUUAGAUAAAUAAAUUAGUUUCUCUCUCUCAUCUAUCUUUUUUUUUGGUUUUCCGACAUAGAAUGCUAUCUCUCUCUCUCUAAGCCUAUCUCAAAACAGAGAUCUUAGGAGAAGAAGACAAAAUCUUUACCACCAGAUCUUUUCUUCUUCCUUCAUCUUUACAGGUUGUCACAUCACUAUAACCACCGAAACUCUCGGCCCAACCCAAAAAAAAAAAAGCUUCCUUUCGAAAAAAAUCAAAGCUUUUUCUUUUAUCUUCAAUUCUCCUCCGAUGAGGUGUAAAAGACACACCGUCGAUCUCAGCAGCAGCAACGGCGUUUGCGCUUCUUGCCUCCGUGAACGUCUCCUCUCUCUCGCCGCUUCCGCCGCCGUAUCAGCCGCCGUAGAAGAUAAUCAAUCAAAGAAAUCUAAUAACAAUAAUCAUCCUCCGCUUUUGAUUUUCCCUCGCUCUGUUUCUCCUUACGUUACCCGUAGAAAAUCCGACGCCGGAGCCGGUGGAGGAGAUCCUUUAGUUUCUUCUAAUCGGAGAUUCAUUACCACGCCACAGAUAGAUCUCGUCGGAUAUUCAUGCAAAGAUUUCGAAUCGAAUCGAUCAAAUAAAUCAAAACAAGGUAAAAAAGUAUCUAGAUUCUCGAAUCUAUUCAGAGCUAGAUCUGAAGAUUUCGAUACCAAUCCCAAAUCCAACAAUCCUAGAUUCUCCUCAUGCGACGCGUCUGAGAUUUCAUCUUCUUCUUCCUCUUCACGUUCAUGGAUCUCGACGAUUCUCUCCACCGGUCGACGUAAAAAGCAACCAACCACCGCGUGUUACAUCGAAGACGUUAUCGCUGCGCGUAGACCUCAACGUAUAUACUGUAGAGGAAUGUCACCUGUAAGAGAUACGGAACCGGAGCAGUCGGCGGAAUCAAUCGAGGAAUUGAGGAGAACUCCGGCGACGAAAACUCCGGGAAGGAGGAAGAUUGCGAUGGGGAUAGGGAAGAGCAUGUCGGGGAUGGCUUUUUGUUUGAGUCCGUUGGUGAGAGCUAGUCCUAACUGUCCGUUUAAACGGAAAAUGAGAUUUCCAUCGGAGUUUGGUAAUUCUGGGGAGGUAACGGCGGUGCCGGAAAAGCCUCAUAUAUCAGCAGCGGCGUCGUUUUGUGCAAAUAGAUCGAAGAAGCUUGUGGAUUUAGGUAGAGUUGAUCGCCGCCGUUGAGUUUUUUUAUUUUGGUGGGAUUAGUCUUUGGUCAACGUGUUUGACUAUUGGAUAGUAAACUACGGCUUUCUGAAGAUGGAUUUUGCCAAAAUCAAGCUUUUUAUAUGGCUUGUGGUGAAUAAUCUCUAUGGGAAAUAGCUCAAACAAUACUUUUGUUAUAAAAAAUUGUAAUGUUUUCUGAUUGUAAUUGUAGAGUUUGAAUGGCCAAAUAUAUUGUUCUUAGGAGAUUAAGAGAAAUAAUGUAGUGUGUUCUUGUUUUUUUACUUAUGAGAAUUACUUACCGAUUAUUAGGACAAGAAAUCAAGAUAAAACCGGAUCGAUUGAUUGGUAG